UUUUUGCUUUUUCUCUUUUUUUUUUUCUUUUUUCGCUCUUCAAUACAUAUCACUAGGUUUUCCAACCAGUUAACUUGUUUACCCAUGGUGGAUAAUGUACAAGAUAAAGAUUUUAUUCUUGGAAAUAAACCUAUAGGGAUCAAUGUAGAAGCAUCUUCUGGUCCUCCUUCUGGUAUAAAGGUAUCCAAUGUACUAUCUCUUCGACAAGACAUUGCUAAUAUGGGGUUGGCUGGCAAGAUCUGGCAUAGUGCUUACACUCUACAAUCCUAUUUUUCACAUGAUAAUGGUUUAUUGUUGGAUCCUCCUACUCCUAUUCCUUCAAUGUAUCAUUAUAACAACUCGAAGGAUACUAAUACCAACACUGAAUCACAACGACCUUUUACUAUUUUAGAGCUUGGUGCUGGAACAGGGUACUGUGGAAUAGUAUUGGCGAAUAUGCUUGGUCGACAAUGUCAAGUGUAUAUCACUGAUUUGGAACCUGUUAUACCAUUAAUAGAAGAAAACGUCAAAGCCCAUCAUAUUCAAGACGGUCAACAUGCUCAAGUGUUUUGUGAAAGAUUACAUUGGGGAAAUCAACAGGAUGCACAAAGGGUUUUGGACAAAGUUGGUGGACAUUUUGAUUUAGUGGUAAUCAGUGAUUGUGUUUAUUUUCCGGAACUCUUUCAACCUUUGAUGGACACUUUGCUGUGGAUAUGCAGUAAUAACGAUGAUGAUCAGGAACAAACCAAGGUAGUGAUUGGAUACAAAUGUAGAUCUUUAGAAAAGGAAACGGGAUUUUGGGAUCUUCAUUUUGGGCGCUACUUUGAUUAUGAACCAGUACGAAUCCUUGGGAAUCUUGGGAACAAUAACAACAAGGAAAAUGACAAUGAUAACCAAGACAGCAAUGUUGGACAAUUACUUGGAUACGAGGAACAAAUUUAUGUCUUUGUUGGAUCACGACGACAUAGUAAUCAUAUUCCAGCAGCUGAUGACCGGUUCGCUUUGUUGAUGUUUUGCUCAAUGGAUUAUUGAUAGUCCAACUUUAUUGAUCAAAUGAUAUAUAGAUUAGUAUAUAGUAGAACUAGAUAGAUACCUCUUAAAUAAAAAAAAUUUUAUUUUAUUAA